AUGCCAGCGAAAUUCACACUUAUUUGUAUAAUUCAUUCAAUAAUUGAAAGAGACACUACAGAACACAUUAUUCCUCUUUUUUCUGAUGGAAAUAUCUUAAGAUUUACUGGAAAAUUCGCACUUCCAAAAGACCCUCAUGAUACUAUAAAACUAAACGUGACUGAAUUUGCUAGAAGUUCACAAGGUGGACCCACAGGAAGAACAUUCUGCAUUAAAUGCAGAUACUUGAAAUCCAAUAGACGAAUUGAGAAAAAAGCAACCAGAAUCAGAAAAAAUUCAAAUUUAAUGAUUACUGGCAAGAUGAUCCAUACUAACAAAACACUUGAAUACAUAGUUGAAAUACAAGAUAUUAAUUUCUUUCCAAUGUCUAUAGCAAUGAAUAUCGAAUCACCAACUGGAGAAUCCGUCUCAUCCCUAUAUUCCUGGCCAGCUGAACAAUCUUCAGGAAGAAUUUCUGCACAAGCAAUGGCAAGUGUUGCAUCAAACACUCAAUCAUCAAGCUCAAGUGUGACAAGUGCCGCGUCAAACACCCAAUCGCUAAGUUCAAAUAAAAAUCCGCAGCCUGAAUAA